AUGAGAGGAUUCAUAGUAAGUUUUGAUAUUGAAGUGCCAAGUCCUGACUCAGUUAGUGACACUUUCAAUUUUUUGUUCCACUCAAGAGGUAAUCUAGCCAGUUUUAGCAGUACACUUGCAGUUGGUGGCUUUAUAAAGACUUUUGAAGCUGCGUAUCCAAACAUCCAAAUAUACUUCCUGUACUUUGCGAAAAACUCGACUGACAGUUUAAGGAUAACAUUAGAAAAAGUAGGUUACAAUGAUGACAUCAUAAAAGCCAUUUUAGAGAUAAACUCUAGGAAAUAUAUCUGGUUUAUUUGGCCCGUUCUUCUGAGACCAAAAAGCCGAGGAAGGAUUUUUUUGAGGAGCACUGAUCCUGAAGAUGAUCCUCUCAUAUAUCCCGGAUAUCUCUCCAAGCAGUCCGAUGUUAAAGAUUUGUUAGAUGCUAUCGGGUUCUUGAACGCUUUUGCACAGACAGAUGUGAUGAGAAGUUUAGGCGCCAGAGUGGAGAAGAUUGAAAUUCCAGCUUGUAGCUCGUUUCCGUUCCAGUCAGAGCUCUACUGGCGCUGUAUAAUUGCCCAGAUGUCCUCUCCCUCCUACCACCAGGUCGGCUCCUGUAUGAUGGGCCCUGCAAAGAGCAGAUGGUCUGUGGUAGACCCUCAACUGCGAGUGCAUGCAAUCGAGGAUUUGAGAGUAGUCGAUGCUUCAGUCAUGCCCAGAAUCACCUCUGGAAACACCAACGCUCCUGUUUAUGCAAUAGCAGAGAAAGCGUCAGAUCUCAUCAAAAACCGCUGGAAACGGAAAUGA